GGCAACGUCUUUGUUGCAAGCAGCACUCUCUCUCUCUCUCUCUCUCUCUCUCUCUGUAGCUCCUUCUGUGCUUGAGUGAAAUCAAUCAAGAAAGCUUCAAUCAGUAUUAGUUAGAGAAAACAAUGGAACAGAGCGCAAUUAGCAGUAGAAGCAGAACAGAGAGCUAUCUCCCAACCUUUUCGGUCCUAAAGAAAUAGAAGUCUCCCAAAUACUACUCGACAUCCCUAACCUAAUCCGACGGGAAUUCCCAUCUCAAUUUCACGUCAUAUGGGGUGGGAAAAGAAAGAGAUCUGCAAUCGACUUGAGCCCUUCACAAGGAGAAGAAGAGAGAGAAACGGAGAAAAGACUCAAAAUCAAGAUUGAAGCCUCGAGUCCAACCACACUGUUUUCUUUCUCUCCAACUGAAGAAUCUGAUGAGAAAUCAAAACUCUCUCUCAGAGAAAUCAUCCGCCAAAACGACAAGAGAGGAACGCUUGGAAAUGAUAGACGAAUUGACUCAGCACAGAGAAUUGCUAAAAGGGGAGAUCGAGGCUGUGAAGAGUUACUACAAUACGCUAAAGGUCAUUAAUUGGGAUCUGAAAGAAACGAAACGAGAGGUAAUUUGGAUAUUCUCGCUCAUAUUUUUACUGAUUUUUCCUGAGUUAAUUGGUCUCUUAUCUCUGGUUUUUUUUUUAAUACAGAUGGAGAUGUGCAAGAAAUUUGGGGUGGAAUUAGGCAAAUUUAACAUGGUGGAAAAUCAAAGAUUAUUUUAAUUACAUGCUCCAUCAGCAACCGUCCAAUGUGGAUCAGACGGUGUAUGGAUCACAACCAAGUGAGAAAUAUCCACAAUACCCAUGGGGCAAAAUUGUCAUGCGGGUCUGGAUCAGGUAAGAUCAAGCGAAGGGGCCCAUUCUGCAUUCCUGAUAUCAACGAAUCAAGAGAGGAGACUUUUGGCGUGGACUUUUGGCAGCCGUUGGAUUCUAGCCGAGCUCUAGUUGUGGCAGUAGGUGAUCACAAAGCCAAAUCUGCAGAAGCAAGGAGGAGAAGGAUGAGUAAAAUGAAAAAGGAGCUCUUUUGCCUCUAACAAAUCCCUCAAGUGUAGAUAACGUUUUUAGAUGUGUUUAUCAUAUCCUCUAUGGUAUUUAUUAGUAGAACCCAAGUCAUAUAUUGUUUGUUCGGGUGUGAGAGCACGAACACAAAAUAAUUUGUGAAUACGAGGAUUGAGAACGCGGGCAUAAUGCAAGUUUAAAGGAUUAAGGUUGAACCCAUCUCUUAAAGGGUUGUUUUUGCCUUUAUGUUGUGCGGUAAUUAUUGUUGACAUUUUUGUCUCAUAAUGACAUGAUCUAUGGACAGUUGAUUUCAUCAUGUAUUUGGAAAA